AUGGCACGCUUCGGAGAGGACCUGCCCAGCCGCUAUGGAGGUGGCGGCGCGGGGGCCGCCCCCGGGCCCGGCGGGGCCCGCGGGGGCAGCCGCCAAGGGGGGCCCCCCGGCCAGCCGGGCCCGCGGGUAUACAAGCAGACCAAGGCCCAGCGCGCCCGGACCAUGGCUCUUUACAACCCCAUUCCGGUCAAGCAGGACUGCUUUACAGUCAACCGGUCGCUCUUCAUCUUUAGCGAGGACAACGCGAUCCGCAAAUACGCCAAGCGCAUCACGGAGUGGCCAUAUCCUUGCGGGAGGGGGGACGGGCGGGGCGGGCAAUAUGAUCAAACAAAGAUCACUUUGAUUUCAGUGCAGACUUCCCACUCACUGAAUCCUGUACUCCCACUAGAUACUCCUUUGAAGGAAUCAAGAGGUUAUGAGUGUGCUACUGCCGCAGGAGGAGCUGAAGAGGAAGGUGAGGCAGAAGCUGGUUGGAUUGAAGGAGCUGCCAUUCUGCUCUCUGUUAUAUGUGUGGUGCUGGUUACAGCCUUUAAUGACUGGAGCAAAGAGAAGCAGUUCCGUGGACUUCAAAGUCGUAUUGAGCAAGAACAAAAGUUUACUGUAGUCCGAGAUGCACAAGUAAUUCAGAUUCCAGUUGCAGAGAUUGUAGUUGGUGACAUUGCACAAGUCAAAUAUGGUGACCUACUACCUGCUGAUGGAGUGUUUAUUCAAGGAAAUGAUCUUAAGAUUGAUGAAAGCUCUUUAACUGGAGAAUCAGAUCAAGUCCGCAAAUCCGUUGACAAAGAUCCAAUGCUGCUUUCAGGUACCCAUGUUAUGGAAGGCUCAGGAAGAAUGGUGGUUACUGCAGUGGGAGUUAAUUCUCAAACAGGCAUCAUCUUUACUCUACUAGGUGCUGGAGAGGAAGAGGAGAAAAAAGAUAAAAAAGUAGAUUCUUCCCAUUCCUCCUUCCAUCCUCCUUCAACUACAGAUGGGGCAGCAAGUGCAAUUACCACUGAUAAUGCAAAUACCAGCUUAGUCAAUGGCAAAAUGCAGGAUGGGAAUAUGGAAAACAGCCAGAAUAAAGCCAAACAGCAGGAUGGGGCAGCUGCAAUGGAGAUGCAGCCACUCAAGAGUGCUGAAGGUGGAGAGGGAGAUGAUAAAGACAAGAGGAAAGCCAACAUGCCUAAGAAAGAGAAAUCUGUCCUCCAAGGGAAGCUAACUAAAUUGGCUGUCCAAAUAGGCAAAGCAGCUGCAUCAGAUGCCAGUCUGCUUUCAGGUUCAAUUCAAGGUGUAAAGCCCUUCAAGACAUGUGCCCAGAAAAUGAUGAAAGAUAACAACCUGGUCCGUCACUUAGAUGCAUGCGAGACUAUGGGAAAUGCUACAGCCAUCUGCUCUGAUAAAACAGGGACAUUAACAACUAACCGAAUGACAGUGGUACAAGCCUAUAUUGGAGAUGUCCAUUACAAAGAGAUCCCUGACCCAGAUUCUAUUCCAGCCAAAACAAUGGAUUUGCUGGUUAAUGCAAUUGCCAUCAACAGUGCUUACACUACAAAGAUUCUGCCACCAGAAAAGGAAGGUGGUCUACCUCGUCAGGUUGGCAACAAGACAGAAUGUGGAUUGCUUGGACUUCUUGUGAAUCUAAAGCAUGAUUAUCAGCCUGCUCGGAUUCAAAUGCCUGAAGAGAAACUCUACAAAGUUUACACAUUUAACUCUGUGAGAAAGUCAAUGAGCACUGUCAUUAAAAUGCCAGAUGACAGCUUCCGAAUGUAUAGCAAAGGGGCUUCUGAAAUUGUCCUAAAGAAAUGUUCUAAGAUUCUUAAUGCUGCAGGUGAGACUCGCAUUUUUAGACCUCGUGAUAGAGAUGAGAUGGUUAAGAAAGUGAUUGAGCCCAUGGCCUGUGAUGGAUUGAGAACCAUCUGUGUUGGUUUUCGAGACUUUCCCAACGAUCCUGAACCAGAUUGGGACAAUGAAAAUGAUAUUUUAACUGAUCUUACCUGCAUUUGUGUGGUUGGCAUAGAAGAUCCUGUAAGACCAGAGGUCCCAGAAGCCAUAAGAAAGUGCCAGCGAGCUGGAAUUACAGUCCGCAUGGUUACGGGAGAUAACAUCAAUACAGCUCGUGCCAUUGCCAUAAAAUGUGGAAUUAUUCACCCUGGUGAAGAUUUCCUCUGUAUUGAAGGAAAGGAUUUUAAUCGAAGGAUUCGGAAUGAGAAGGGAGAUAUAGAGCAGGAACGCAUUGAUAAGAUAUGGCCAAAACUUCGUGUCCUUGCUCGUUCAUCACCCACAGAUAAACAUACCUUGGUAAAAGGUAUCAUUGACAGCACGCAAGUGGAGCAGAGGCAGGUUGUAGCAGUGACUGGCGAUGGAACUAAUGAUGGACCAGCUCUUAAAAAAGCUGAUGUUGGCUUUGCAAUGGGUAUUGCAGGAACAGAUGUGGCAAAGGAAGCUUCUGAUAUUAUCCUCACAGAUGAUAACUUCAGUAGUAUAGUGAAAGCUGUAAUGUGGGGCCGUAAUGUUUAUGACAGUAUCUCUAAGUUCCUGCAGUUCCAGCUUACCGUAAAUGUGGUGGCUGUGAUCGUGGCUUUCACUGGCGCUUGCAUUACCCAGGAUUCUCCUCUGAAAGCCGUACAGAUGCUAUGGGUCAAUUUGAUUAUGGACACUUUUGCUUCUCUUGCUCUGGCUACGGAACCUCCCACAGAAUCUCUUCUGCUAAGAAAACCAUAUGGUAGAAACAAAGCCCUUAUUUCUCGUACCAUGAUGAAAAAUAUUCUGGGCCACGCUGUGUAUCAACUCAUUCUAAUUUUUACCCUCCUUUUUGUUGGUGAGAAAAUGUUCAAGAUCGAUAGUGGCAGAAAUGCACCACUCCACUCUCCACCUUCUGAGCACUACACCAUCAUCUUCAAUACUUUUGUCAUGAUGCAGCUAUUUAAUGAAAUCAAUGCACGCAAAAUCCAUGGUGAAAGGAAUGUUUUUGAUGGCAUCUUUAGAAACCCUAUAUUUUGCACUAUUGUAUUGGGUACAUUUGCUGUACAGAUAGUAAUUGUACAAUUUGGUGGAAAACCUUUCAGUUGUUCUCCUUUGGAACUUGACCAAUGGAUGUGGUGUGUAUUUAUUGGAUUAGGUGAACUUGUAUGGGGGCAGGUCAUUGCAAGCAUCCCAGCCAGUAGGUUAAAAUUUCUAAAGGAAGCAGGGGGGCUUACAUUAAAAGAAGAAGUGCCCGAAGAGGAAAUGAGUGAAGAUGUAGAAGAGAUUGAUCAUGCAGAGAGGGAACUUCGCCGCGGGCAAAUCCUCUGGUUCAGAGGGCUUAAUAGAAUCCAAACUCAGAUCCGCGUCGUGAAGGCAUUCCGUAGCUCUCUCUAUGAAGGUUUGGAAAAACCGGAAUCUAGAACCUCCAUUCACAACUUUAUGACUCAUCCUGAAUUUAGGAUAGAAGAUUCCCAGCCCCAUAUUCCUCUCAUUGAUGACACAGAACUAGAAGAAGACUCUGUCCUCAAGCAAAAGCCGAGUCCCCCAUCUUCGCUGAACAAGAACAAUAGUGCUAUUGACAGUGGGAUAAACCUUACAACUGACACAAGCAAAUCAGCUACCUCUUCUAGUCCAGGAAGCCCAAUUCAUAGCCUGGAAACAUCACUUUAGCUGAAAAGUCACUGCAAAAAUAUCAAUAUAAAUAAUAAUAAUAAUAAUAUAUAACAGAGACAAAUAAGUAUAAACAAUGCUGGCUGAGAAGCUGUUUGAAUUCCUGAUCACUUUGAAGAAACAGAUAAAUGAAUGCAUCAUUAGUCACAGUGAUUUUUGGAAGAAUGAAUGGUUGAUUGACAUAUUCCCCCUUUUGUCUCCUGCAGAAACAAACAAAAACAGUACAAACGCUAUCCUGCAUGAAUGUAUUCCCCACUUCAACCCCACCUCCUUUUUAAUUCCUUGAACAGGAAAAGGAGAAGACUUAUUUGGAGCUAUUUAUCCAAUUCACCAGUUUGUGAGUUUUUUAAAUGCUUGUGUGGCAUGGACUCAGUUGUAUAGAUUAAUUUAAAUAUUAUUUUUUGAAAUUGCAAAGCUUAACUUGCACAGUAGAUUUGCACCAGUUGGCCAGAGGAACCUAAAAUGAACAUUUAUGAAAAUAUAUAUAGAAAUAUAUAAAUAAUAUAUUAUAACUAUAUAUAUAUAUAUAUAUAUCCAUAUCUAAGCUUACACACAUAUACAUAUAUUCAU